CUUAUUCAUUAGAUACUAGUACUUAUUUAUUAGAUACUAGUAGGUAUUCUAAUAGUGACUAGUAUUCAAUUAUACUUUUCUUGUAUGGCAAAAAUAGAACUAGUUCUUAUUUUUUAGUUACUAGUACCUUUUUAGACAAGAGAUAUCCUGAACUUAAUAGAUACUAGUACUUUUUAAAUUUGCAUUUCAGCCCAGUAUGCUAAUCGUAUGUUGAAUAUUAAUGAACCAGGAACAUAUAUGGGAAAGAGAUUACACAGGAAACGGAAAUAAGAAGACGGAAAGAAGAAGGGAAAGACAGAAGGUGAAAAUGGCAGAAGUACUUGAACAAAUAUGUAGAAAAUGCAAAUAUGUUGAACGAUCGAUAAACCAGGGAAACAUUGGAAGCGCACAGCUGAUGGCCAUUGAUUCUUCAUUAUUAAAUUUGAGAAGAAUCGAGGGACUGUUGUCUUCUGAAACGAUGGAAGAACUUCUCAACAGCAUUGAGGAUCUCAGAGUUUUCAUCAGACAGUCACUCGGGGUGCGCAGAGAUGAAGCUUUCACGGUCUCUCGAAUUCGCUCAGGUCAGCGAGGGAGACCCAAAAUCACAGUGACGAGACAGCAGCUGGAAUUCUUGAUGACACAGGGCUACACCAUCAAGCGCAUGGCUCGACUUUUGGGAUCCUCUGCAUCAUUUUUAUAUAAGAGAACAAAAGCAAUGGGGAUGUCAAUUAGGAGGUCAACUUCGUUGACUGACGUUGAGUUGGAAAGGCACGUUAGACGACUUCAUACACUCUAUCCUAGUUCUGGAAAUGAGAUGAUGAGAGCAUUCCUGAGAGCAGAGGGCUUGCUGGUAACAAGACACAGAGUGAGAGUGAUGUUGAGUAACAUUGACCCAGCUGCUGCUGCACGUAGAUGGAGUGCUGCUGUGGCCAGAAGAACAUAUUCUGUGCCAUAUCCAAACAGUCUGUGGCAUAUGGAUGGGAAUAUGCGCCUUAUCAGAUGGGGAUUGGUCGUUCAUGGAGCAAUAGAUGGAUAUUCUCGCCUUAUAACGUACUUGAACUGUAAUACAGACAACAGAUCUGCCACAGUGCUUACACAGUUCUUAAAAGCCACAUGUGUGUAUGGACUUCCAUCGAGAGUGCGGUCAGAUCAUGGUGGAGAAAACACUCAAGUGGCAUUGUUCAUGAAUCUUGUUCAUGGAGUGGAGCACAGAAGCCACAUCACAGGGGAAUCAGUGCACAAUCAGAGGAUUGAGCGUCUUUGGAGGGAUGUUUUCCUGCAUGUUUUGCAGAGUUUCUACAAGGAAUUCUACAGGCUUGAGGACAGUGGUACCCUAGAUCCUGAAAAUGACAUUCACAGGCUUUCUCUUCAGCUUGUGUACUUACCGGAAAUACAAAGCAGACUCAGCAGGUUUCAUGAAGCGUGGAAUCAUCACCGCCUAAGAACAGAAAACAACCGAACACCCUCUCAGAUCUGGACAGAUGGCAUGCUAACAAACAUGGGAGUCGAUAGCACCUCUAUCAACCAUGUGUUUGGAGAUGAUCCAUUCAGAGAGCAAAAUAUAGAGGCACUUCUGGCACAACAUGGUAUUCACAGUUUCCCAGUUGAAUUGGAUGACCAGUUCCCUGCUGUUAAUGUCCAGCAACCCAGUGUUGACCUUAGCCAGGAGCAACAGGAAGAGGUUUUGAGAGCAAUAGAAGGCAUUGCAGACUUAAAACUGAAAUAUCAAAGAUGCUGCAAUGAAAUUUCUCAACGACUGUCACUGACCGAGUGAAAAAAUAUUUGGAAAACUAGCUUGCU